AGCUGGUUUUGCUCAACACUUUGUGUUGCUGCACUCUCACAGGACGUGUGUUUGUGUGUGUGUGUGUGUAUGCGCGUGUUGAGUGUGUGUGCGCGCGCGUUUGGAGUGUGUUCAUGUGUUUCUCGGCUGCAGACAAACCGCCUCUUCUAUCGGAUAUAUCUGCUCACCUCGAAGUUUGACCCGCUUGGGGAAGUUUCUUUUUGUUUUGCGGGUGAAGCUCGAAGAGGAGGUUUGAAAAAAGAAAAGAAAGAGAGCAGAAGAAGAAGAAGAAGGAGGAGGAGGAGAAGGAGAGGAAGAAAAGCAGAAACCUGGAGGAGGAAAAGGGCGUUCAUACUUCGAAGUAACCAUGGAAGUUCCUGGUAUGCAGAGUUCUCAGAUUGAUCCAGAGGAGUUGUUCACCAAAUUGGAUCGCAUCGGAAAGGGAUCAUUCGGAGAGGUGUUCAAAGGUAUCGAUAACCGAAGUCAGAGCGUCGUCGCCAUCAAGACCAUCGACCUGGAGGAGGCCGAGGACGAGAUCGAGGACAUCCAGCAGGAGAUCACAGUUCUCAGUCAGUGCGACAGUCCGUACAUCACAAAGUACUUCGGCUCCUAUCUGAAGGGUAGUAAACUAUGGAUCAUCAUGGAGUAUCUCGGUGGGGGUUCAGCGCUCGACUUGCUGCGGGCGGGUCCGUUCGAUGAGGCUCAGAUUGCCACCAUGCUGAAGGAGAUCCUGAAGGGGCUCGACUACCUGCACUCUGAGAAGAAGAUCCACAGAGACAUUAAAGCUGCCAACGUCCUGCUGUCGGAGCAUGGUCAGGUGAAGCUGGCGGACUUCGGGGUUGCCGGUCAGCUGACGGACACACAGAUCAAGAGGGAAACCUUCGUGGGAACGCCGUUCUGGAUGGCGCCAGAAGUCAUCCAGCAGUCUGCCUACGACUCCAAGGCUGAUAUCUGGUCGCUGGGCAUCACCGCCAUCGAGCUCGCCAAAGGUGAACCCCCGAACUCGGAAUUCCACCCGAUGCGAGUCCUCUUCCACAUCCCCAAGUCUCCUCCCCCGACGCUGAACGGCGAUUUCUCCAAGAGCUUCAAGGAGUUCACCGAGGCCUGCCUCAACAAGGACCCCAGUUUUCGUCCGACGGCCAAGGAGCUCCUCAAACACAAGUUCAUCGUCAAACACUGUAAGAAGACGUCCUACCUCAGCGAGCUGAUCGACAGGUACAGGAGGUGGAAGGAGGAGGGCCACAGCGACAGCAGCUCCGAAGACUCGGACAGUGAGUCCAGUAAUAAAGAGAACAACGAGUCUCCUGAAUGGUCCUUCACCACCGUCCGCAAGAAGAAGACGGAGGGCAGGAAGGUCCUCAAUGGAACGGGUCAGGAUCAGCUGAGUAAAUCUGCCAGUCUGACCACCGUCAUCUCUCCUGUCUUCACUGAGUUGAAGCAGCAGCACAAGGAGCACUCCGAGCAGCGAUUGGCCAUCGAGGAGUUGGAACGCAACAUCCGAUUGGCCGAGGACGUUUGUCCCGGCAUCACCGACAGGAUGGUCACACAUAUAAUUGCCAGGUACCAGAAAUUUAACUGAAUUAACGGAUGGAUCGAAACAGGACGUACGUUAUGUGAAGCGAGACUGUGUCUCCGUACGGUGACGCUGCUGGACGAUAGGAAAAACUGAGGAGAUUUGCUGUGCGAUGUCUCCUCGCUGUACACACAUAAACACACACUCAGACACACACACACACACACACUACUAAUGUAAUAUAUACGCUCAUUGUAUGUUCACUGCUGCUGGUUGAAGGCCUUUGUUUUCCCCCCACAGCUGGAUUUUUUUUUUUUUGAUCCGGUGAUCAGAAGUUUUGAAAAAAUACAAUCUACGUUGUGUGUUAGAUUUGUGGGUAUUGAACUUCUCCCUUAGUCCUCCCGGAGGUUUCAGUAAUAAACAGACCUUUUAGUCUACUGAAGUUAUGUCUAAACUUCUUAAAUUACCAUCAUGUGCCUUAAUUAUUUAUGCUAACAUUUUUUUCUAAACGUAGACGUCACUUUUGUACGGAGGUGUCUCGGAGGGUUCUCGUUCAUCAGCAGUAGUAUGUUUCGUGUCAUGCCUUGACUUUGUAGAUGUCUUUAUGUUUGUUCAGUAGCACUUGAGACAGAUUAUAUGCCAAUAUUACAUAUUUUUUGUUGUCUUCAGUAAUGCUUUAGGUUACAGCUCCCUGAUCCCGGAAAUAAUUGGAAAUUUGGGGUGGAAAAUUGUUUGUCUGCAGGGUUAAAUUUUGUAAUUUUAUCUCUGAUUUUACAGAAAUGGAAAUUAUGAAUGCUAUUAGAUAUGUAAUCCUUGUUAUCCUUCCUUGCUGAGGGAUUAGUAUGGAAAUAUUUAAGGUAACCCUAUCUUAAAAAACAUACAUGAGGAAGAACUUACUUACUUACUUACUUACUUCUUGGACUCCUUUUUUGGAACUACAGGCUUUUAGCCCCAGCUAGUACCUUGCUAAUUAGUCAGCUAACUCGCUAACUGUUGUUGUUGCUACGUUUUGACCAGUGACUAAACCUAAAAUCUUCAGGUUUAUCAAACUAUUUCUAAUUAAGAUAAAGUUAUAACCGAACUGUUUAGAAUUGCUGCCAGUGUCGUUACUUGUGUUUGGUAGCAUCACUCAACCGUUAGCAUCAAAAUAAAAGGUCUAAAUGGUGGAAAAUGAGAAAUCUUGACCGUGCCUUUGGUUUGGAAACUUGACUUUUAAAACGUUGUUCUGGGAUUUCAUUUUCCAGCACGUGUUUAUUUAAAUAAAUAUCUGUUUGGAGUAUCAGUGAUGGAAAUUGAACAAUAUUAACAUUUCCCCAGAUCUACAAGCAAGCCACAAAACUGCACAAAGGUCUUCCACUCAUGAAAACACUGUCCUUCCUUAUGCAUCAUGUUUGGGAAAACAUUGUUAAGGGCUAUUAACUUGUGUCUGAAAGUUGAUUCUUGACAUAAAACUUGAUGUGUUGGGACUCUGGAAGGUAGCAUGGGUCCGAUGGGAGCUGUAAUCGAAGGUAUGACUGAUAGUUUGUACCAAAGACACUAUAAAACUUGGUCAUUGUAUAUUUUUGUCUUUUUAUAUAUCAUAAGGGAUACGACAAUGCUUGUUGAGGGGGGAAAUGUAAAAUGAAAGAUGUAAGAUUUUACAGAAAUGUACUCUUUUUUUUUUUUGUAGCGGGACUUAGAGUUUUAUGAAUAAAUAUUUAAGUUUGAUUGAGAA